AGCCGAUAAGUCUUAUCAAAUAUAAGCGAGGGCAAUCACGCAAGUAUGUCUUACCAACCCGCUAUUAUGAGCGCGUCCCUCGGACGGGCAUGGCUACACAAUCUCCACUACAAGAUCGAACAAGCCGCAAAGGCCGGUUUCAAAGGAAUUGAGAUAUUUUAUGAGGACCUCGAUUACGCCGCCCGAGAAGCCUCCGGAAGCGACUCCCCAUCUGCAGAGGAUAUUCUUAGCGCAGCAGAUCGUGUUCAUGAGUCCUGCCAAGCGCAAGGGCUCCAGCUGUGGUUCCAAAUUGCCAAGAGACUCGAGACCGACACGAUUCAAAUUCCUGCCAACUUCCUGCCGGCAGAGCAAUUAACGGAUGACCUGGAUAUCAUCGCUGCCGACCUGCGACAGGUCGCUGAUAUGGGUGCUGCUGAGAGUCCUAUUGUGCGCUUUGCCUAUGAGAACCUGUGCUGGAGUACGUACAUCGACACUUGGGAGAAGCUUUGGCAAGUGGUGAAACGCGUCGACAGGCCUAAUUUUGGCAUGUGCCUUGAUACCUUCAACAUCGCCGGGCGCGUUUGGGCAGAUCCAGCCGAUGCGACGGGCAAGACGCAAAAUGCAGACGCAGACCUGAAACAAUCUCUGGAGCGGAUGGUAGCGGAGAUUGACCUGACCAAAGUUUUCUACAUCCAGGUCGUGGAUGCUGAGCGGAUGGAGUCGCCUUUGGUUUCUGGUCACCCGUUCCAUGUUGACGGUCAACCGGCACGGAUGAGCUGGUCUCGAAACGCCAGAACUUUCAUGUAUGAGAAUGAUCGCGGUGCAUACAUGCCAGUGGAGGAUGUGGCGAAGACCAUUAUAAAUGGGCUAGGCUAUAAGGGCUACGUUUCUAUGGAGCUGUUUUCCCGGACUAUGGCUGAGACGGGCAAGCACGUUCCUGACGAGCAUGCGGCACGGGGUAUUGCCGCUUGGAAGAAAUUCCAACAAAGACUUCAGUUAGAGUAAAUAGGGAAUAUGUAGUUCGUAGCAAGGCUUCUAUAACAUUGUAAAUCUUAAAAUGAAUUCAAGAUCAGAUGGAAAGAUAGAAGAAACCUGAAGAUAGAGAUACCGUAAAUUCGUGUCAGACAACUUUACUCACCGAGGUUUCAAUAGGAACGAUUUA